UUCCGGUGGCGCCAUGGCAACAUACACAAUCUCCCGAACAAACUGUCCACUUCCGCAGCUGGUGUAAACAACGAUGAAGUAACAUUGAUUUUGAUCUCAGCGGAAAUCUUCAACUUAGGAAACGAUGACAGAUUAGCUAUUUAAAGGAUAUUCGUAACCAGGUACUGCCGAUAAUAAAUCGACAACAAAAAAACAAAGUAAGAAAAACCGUAAAUCAAGAUGCCUCAUUUGAAGGAAGCAAAAGAGAAACAGCCGUUGUGGAAGGACUGGGAUUAUCUCGCUCAAAAGAAAGGUGUUCGGCACACAGUGUACUCUGUAAACGGAGAUCAAUACACAGGGGAAUGGCUAGACAACAAAAAGGACGGUAAAGGAACAUACAAAUGGAAAUCCAACGGAGCCCUGUAUGAUGGGGAUUGGAAGAAAGGCAAGAGAAAUGGCUUUGGUACGUACAGUGUACCCGAUGGAAAGGGAGGUUACAAGAAAGAAUACUCUGGAGGCUGGAAGAAUGAUAUGCGACAUGCAUAUGGGACACAAUUUUACACGGAUGCUGAGUACUAUGAAGGAGAAUGGUACGCAGACAAAAGAAGUGGCUGGGGUCGUAUGUACUUCGCGGAUGGUACAAUUUAUGAAGGGGAAUGGUAUGAUGAUCAACGCAAUGGCCAAGGAAUGGUCAGACUUACCAAUGAGAAUCGGUAUGAGGGAUCAUGGCGAAACGACAAAAAGAAUGGCCCAGGGAAGUUUUUCUACCUCACAACAGGACAAGUAUACGAGGGUGUGUGGAAUGAUGACAUUGCCAAGUGUGGUACUAUGAAGGACUUCGGCCGAGAGGGCGCACCCGAACCCACACAGUAUAAAAUACCUAAGGUUGAACUAGCGAAUGCUGAUGCUGUUUUACAAGAUGCGGAGGAGACAUUUCUACAAGAUCACGAGUGAACUUAGUUUAAUCAUAAAUUAUUGGUGGUACAAAAGACAAAAAUGAUGUGUCUGCAUGAGUCCUACAUUUGUACAAUGUGACAUCUUAUUCAAAAUUCAUCUUAGAGAAAAACUAUACUGCUGAUAAUUGAUUGCUUUCAACAUAAUUUUAUAAAUAAAUUUAUUUUGUAAAAAACUAUUUUUGAAAAUGUUUGUAGUAUUGCUUUAAGUAUCGAUUAUUGAGAGGUGUGCCUUCGUGUGACGUCAGCAUUAUAAACCAAGUUCCCG